AUGUCUCUGUGGCCACCGCGAUUCACAUCUCUAACUUCGGGGUCGUCGGGAAACUCGAACAGGCCGCCUCCUGCAUCCCCUCCACGAGUACCUCGAGAUCAGCAGCCUCCGCUUUCCUCUCCACCCGCCCAAUCAUCGAGUCCGCGACAGCAACCGCACACGCGCGCUGUCAGCCACCCAUUACCAAAGAUAUUCGGGAAGAAGAAAAGUGCCCCUGUCUUGAGAAAUGUUCCUCUCGAUGAACACUUAGUCCCUGUGCUGGAUGCUGGUCCCUCCACCGUGCCUACACCGGACAAGCCCAUCGGAGGGCGUAAGAGAGACGAAGAGUUGAUCACACGCCAAUGCAUGUGCUGCGACAACAAAGUUCGCUUUCCGAGUAAUCUCAACGUCUUUCGUUGCACAAGUUGCUUGACCAUCAACGAUCUUGAGCCUUAUGUUAAGGAGCCCCGUGACUCCAAGUCUUCAACAUAUCCGGGACAGCAGCAGGGUCCACGACGUGAGUUCAUCGGAAGAGGGGGGCUUCGCAAGUUACUAACAAGAAACAANGCGAUCUUGCCACUGUCAGUUGAACGUAGUCGAGCCAUAAUCGAUCGCUGUCUUAUUACCUACCUUGAAGCACGAUGCCGAAGAGCAGAUGCUCCAACCUCGCCAGCUGCCUCAGGCCUUGCGGAUCCUUUUGUUCGUGGCGACUCGACAGCACAGAGUGCUUCCCUUCAACCACCGCCACGCUUCUUCGAGCAGUCACCUCCUGUGACGCCCGAGCCCGCUUCGGCAUCUUUGAAGACUCAAGAUGAUUUCCAAAAUUUCUCAUACAAGGCAUCCCCAUCGCCGAACAAGAGUCCCUCGAGACCCAUGACCGCUGGUUCAUCGUAUACUGCUCCUCAUAUGCCUCCAGUACCUCCUAUGCCACCUCUGCCGCCCAAUAGAAGACCUCCUCCGCCACCUGGAUUUCAUUCUGCGCCACUCCCCAUACGUCCUACACCUCCUGUUUGUGACAGCCCUACUUCUCAGCGUUACGAUCGUGUCAAGGUCAUCUUCAAGCCUCUUGAGGACUAUAUGCUUAGCAGUUUCGGUGAUUACAACUGUCUGAACACCUGUUUUAGUACCGUACGACAUCCAGUUGCUGCACGCAGGAGAAGCGAGAGUGCCAUCAAAACCCCUCCCAGUGAAGUGGUUGAGGCUUUUACUCAAAGUCCGAUAGAUUCAUUUUCCCAGCUCGAUGCAAAGACUCUGCUUCUUGGUGAUUUUGCAGAAAAUGGCGACUGGUGGACAGGCAGAGUCGCUCGCAAUUCCUCGGACAAAUCCGACAAGCGCGGCCACCCUGGCUCAGAAGGCAGGCGCUUGACCACUUCAAGGUCUCCUCAUAUUGACUGGGAUCAGCUUUCACAUUGGUACGAUGUUGUUCACACUGCUGGAUUUAAGUGGCGCGACAGAGUUGCAAACAUCAGGAAUGUCGAUCAGGAGAAGGUUCACGAACACAUCCGCGGUCCCGUCAAUGCUAAGGAGAUUGAUGAAGACAUUGCAGAAGCCCGACUGCAUGCCGAGCGAGCCUUGUUGAAAAUUACCGAAAACAUCCUGAAGCGACCCACACGACCUCUGGUUGAACCAGACAACAUACGCUUCCUGCUUAUUAUAUUGGCUAACCCAUCCUUGUAUCCUUCUAUGCGGACAGUAGGCAAUCGCCCACCAAUGCCACGCAGUCCUUCAGGGCUCAAGAGCUCAACACUGGCGCCACCAUCUUCUUCGAAGCUUGUAUCUCCACAGAAGCUGUCAGGUACUCCUGCUAGCAACGAGCCCGGGCAGCAUGCUGGCAUACUCAAGCGUAUCUUUGGACUGGUCGCUAAUUCUUCCGAGAAUUGUCAUCGUUGUCUUACCAAUUGGUUCAGUAGAUUACCUGAGCAACAGUUCGUCAAGAUGGUUGACCUGGUUGCGAGAUUCGUCACAUAUCGUCUUUCGCGACGAAAGAGCCGACCUCGCAGUAUCAUCCCUCAAGACGGUGGCCUCAUUCCAGAUCUGUCUGGAUCUGCGAGAAACACUUUUGCCCAGCUCCAGUCAGCAACUGGACUGAGUGGUAGCGGAAGUGGAGCUGGGAGAAACAAAAUGCCACAGAUGGAGACGAUAAGUGUAAUUGACUACAGCGAAGAUUGGCAGCUGAAGGCCGCUGCCAAAAUCAUGGCAAUGUUGUUUGCAGCAAACAACUCAUGGCAGAUGAAGAGAGCUGGCCUCACUCCUGCUCAAACAAGCCUGAAUUCUUUGUCCAAACCACGAACAAAAAUGCACGGACAGUUGCUACCUACCUCGGACUUUUACAACACACUGCUGGACUAUUACGAUUUGGUUGCAGACUUCAAGGCCUGGGAAUCAAAGAAAGCGAAGUUCACUUUCUGCCAAUACCCGCUCUUCNNCCUCUCUAUGGGUGCCAAAAUUCGACUUAUGGAAUACGAUGCUCGCCGGCAAAUGGAGAUCAUGGCUCGCGAGGCUUACUUCGACUCUGUCACCACGCGCAGAUCCAUCGAUGGCUAUUUCCACCUACGUGUAAGACGAGAGUGCAUGGUUGACGACAGUCUCAAACAGAUCAGCGGUGCUGUAGGAUCUGGUCCAGAAGAAUUGAAAAAGGGCCUCAAAGUCCACUUCGCUGAUGAAGAAGGUGUCGACGCAGGCGGCUUGAGAAAAGAGUGGUUCUUGACAGUGGUCAGGGAUAUCUUUGACCCUAAUCAUGGCAUGUUCCUCUAUGAUGAUGACUCAGGAUUCUGUUACUUCAACCCAUCGUCUUUCGAGACCAGCGAUCAGUACUAUCUCGUUGGAGCUCUUCUUGGACUCGCAAUUUACAACUCUACCAUCCUUGAUGUUGCACUGCCGCCAUUCGCUUUCCGCAAGUUGCUCGCUUCGGCCCCUCCUUCAACUCAGAAUCCUGCUCUUCCCUCAAGUGGUAGAACUCAAGUAAGUUAUACUCUCGAAGAUUUGGCAGAGUGGCGGCCUGUGUUGGCCAAGGGUUUGCGCGACCUUCUUGAGUUCGAUGGCGACGUCGAAGCAACCUACUGCAGAGACUUUGUUGCAAGCAUUGAGCGGUACGGUGCAGUGACGGACGUUCCACUCAUCCCUGGCGGCGAAGCUAUACCAGUCACCAACGAGAAUCGCCGCGAGUACGUCGAUGCCUACGUGCGCUAUUUGCUUGACACCUCCGUGGCUAGACAAUUCGAGCCAUUCAAGCGUGGCUUCUUUACGGUGUGUGCUGGCAAUGCUCUUUCGCUUUUCCGUGCCGAAGAGAUCGAGCUCAUGGUCCGAGGUUCUGAUGAGGCUCUCGAUGUCAACUCAUUGAAGGCGGUUGCUGUAUACGAGAACUGGCGCGAAGUUGCUCCGCCUCACAAACCUCUACCUAACCCUGCCGAUCAAGUGCCGGUCAUAUCCUGGUUCUGGGAUUGUUUCAGAAGUGCCACGCCCGAAGCACAGCGAAAACUUCUUGGAUUCAUUACUGGAUCCGAUCGUAUACCUGCUGUUGGUGCCACAAAUCUUGUUCUUCGCAUCGUCUGUGGCGGCGACGGGACGGCUGGCCAAGGACAGAGCGGGGGCAAGGAUAAAGAGAGGUUCCCUAUCGCGCGAACAUGUUUCAACAUGCUAGUACUUUGGGGCUACGAGAGUAGGGAAAAGCUCGAAGAGAAGCUUUGGCGUGCUGUAUCUGAGAGCGAAGGGUUUGGGCUGAAAUAA